AUGAUAGGAUCAUCAACCUUAACAUGGCUACCCCCUUGUAGAGAAAGACUGACAGAAAUAACAGAUGUCUUUGGAUUUGGAAUCCUCCUACUAGAGUUGAUAACUGGUCAAAGGGCAAUAGAUUUUGGCAAAGCAGCAAACCAGAAAGGAGCCAUGUUAGACUGGGUAAAAAACAAAUUAAAUUAUGAAAAGAAGCUAGAAAUGUUGGUAGACAAGGACUUGAAGAACAACUAUGACAGCAUUGAACUUGAAGAAAUAGUCCAAGUAGCUCUCUUAUGUACUCAAUUCCUCCCUAAUCAGAGACCUAGGAUGUCGGAAGUGGUAAGGAUGCUCGAGGGAGAUGGCCUCGCAGAGAAAUGGGAAGCUUCUCAAAGAGCUGAUUCCACAAGGAGCAGAGUAACCGAGUUCUCCUCUUCAGAGAGAUACUCUGAUCUCACCGAUGAGCAUCAUUGUUAGUGAGCGCGCCAAUGAAACUCAGCAGAGUUUGUCCAUAAUUUGGUAUUGUACAGAUGCAGAUUCCAGAAACUUAGUGUUUAGAAUGAGGAUUAAAAGCGACCUUAUCUCUCAAUUGCAUAGAGAAUAUUGUUAAAGAGUGUGGGUCAAGUUUGUAAGAAUAAUGUAAUGUGAGAAAGGGUUCCCUUUUUCUUUUUCUUACAUUUUAACAAAUUGUGAAAUCUAAGGCUAUUGUAGUAAGCUGUAAGCACAUAAUGUGAAAAAAGUAGAUGAUAGGGUGAACAAAGUUAUAGCAGCCCCUAACAGAGCAGCUAAUGCAGCACGUGUGGCAGGUGUGGCAGCUAUGAAAGCUAGUAAAGCUACUUUCCAUUCUUUAGUAAUUCUCAUGAUUAACUGAGCAAGCAUAAGGUC